UGAAGCCGCCGCUGCGAUCACACUCUCGAGCCCCUCGUUGUUGAAGGGGGCCUCUGCACCUCACCUGGAUGAUAAAAAAAAAAAAGAUUUCUGCUGUUUAGAUGUUUCCCCUGAUCAAGAAGAAAAAUGGACACCAAUAGUAAACACUUGGGGACUUCACCAUCCCUGCUUCGUGGGUUUGUUUGUUGGAGAAGGAGGAGAAGGAGGGCGCCUGGAGUGUGCGCUCUUGUUUGGAGUCAGAUUACGCACAGCCAUGGAGAGCAGCGCAGCGCCGGGGAGGGACUUCAUACAUGUGGAAAAGGAAUAACUGUUGCGCUCGGCUCUCUCUCUCUCUCUCCCUCCCUCUCUCUCUCUUCUUCUCUCUCUCUCUCUCUCUCUGAGCUCUCGGGGUCUUUCUGGGGCAGCUCAAAAACACCUGCAACCCUCAGAGUGGUAAAUGUGCAACCUGCGAGCUUUUUCUUUCGCUGAAGUUUUCGCAAGUUUUGAACUAUGUUGGGAAGCGCCAAGUCGCCGAGCGCCAGUGCCAGGGAGCAGGGCAGGAAGGUGGCCGAGAAGACGACGGAUCCCAUCAAGAGACUCGGUCUUCUGGACAACGAGGACGUCCGUGUGAUGAUGGAGGGCUCCGACAUGGUGAAGGUUCGCUCCUCGAGGUGGCAGAAGAGCCGACACCUUCGGCUGCUGGAGGACGGACUCACGGUGUGGUGCGAAUCCACCAAGAGCUCCCGCAAAGCCAAAGCACAACAGACGUUCGCAGUGACGGAGGUGGAGUGCAUUCGCGAGGGAUGCCAGUCGGAGGCUCUGCGGCGGCUGUCCGGCUCGGUGCCAGAGACCCGGUGCUUCACCGUGGUGUUCAGGGGAGCCAGGAAGAGCCUGGACCUGCUGUGCCACUGCGAGGACGAGGCCCUGCGCUGGGUACGAGGCCUCCGCUUGUUAAAGGAGCGUGUGGCCAACAUGACUCAGAAGGAAAAACUGGACCACUGGAUCCGAGGCUACCUGAGGCGAGCAGAUCAGAACCAGGACGGCAAAAUGAGCUACGAUGAAGUCAAACGGCUGCUGCAGAUGAUCAACAUCGACCUGAGCGAGCAGUACGCCCGCAAUUUAUUCAAGCGGUGUGACCGAUCAGGUGACGACCGCCUGGACCACAUAGAGAUCGAAGAGUUCUGCAGGGAGCUGCUGCGGCGGCCCGAGCUGGACUCUGUGUUCAGACACUACUCGAGUAAUGGCUGUGUUCUCUCCACUGCUGAGCUGCGAGACUUCCUGGGAGACCAAGGAGAAGACGCCUCGCUGAAUCAUGCUCAGAGCCUCAUUCGCACCUACGAGCUCAAUGACUGGGCUCAGCAGAACCAGUUCAUGACACAGAACGGUUUCACCAUGUACAUGCUGUCCCAGGAGAAUGACGUCUUCAACCCCGACCACGCCAGAGUCUACCAGGACAUGAGCCGCCCUCUGGCCCACUACUUCAUCUGCUCGUCGCACAACACCUACCUUACCAAGGACCAAGUGACCAGCGCCAGCAGCACAGAGCCCUACAUCCGGGCUCUGAAUCAGGGCUGCCGCUGUGUGGAGCUGGACUGCUGGGAUGGAGAUAAAGGUGAACCCGUCAUCUACCACGGCCACACGCUCACCUCCAAAGUCACCUUCCAGGAGGUCAUCGAAACCAUCGCCCAGUACGCCUUCAAGGCGUCCCCAUACCCUCUAAUCCUGUCCUUGGAGAACCACUGUUCUGUGGAGCAGCAGGCCGUCAUGGCCAAACACCUCCGCACCAUCCUGGGCAAAAAACUGCUCACCAAACCUCUGAGCGAGCAGUCGCUGAAGGAGAUGCCUUCUCCCGAAGAGCUCAAGGGACGGAUUCUGGUGAAAGGGAAGAAGCACACUCCUCACCUGGGUCAGCUGGGCAAGACCAGCAGCUCUGCCAGCUUCUCCUCCAGCUCUGACGAUGAGCUCGCGAGCAGCAAUAAGAACACGCCCAAGAAAGAUCCCGCAAAGGUCUGUUCCAAACUGAGCCCCGAGCUGUCGGAGCUGGUGGUGUACUGCAGGAGCGUCCACUUUCGCGGGUUUGAAAAUGUGUCUGACAUACCACCAAAUGAAAUGUCUUCCUUCUGUGAAAACGAUGCCCUGCGGCUCAUCAAAGAUUCGGGGAAGCUUUUUGUAAGACACAACAGCAGGCAGCUGAGCCGGAUCUACCCCUCUGGCCAGCGCCUCCAAUCAUCCAACUAUGAUCCUCAGGAAAUGUGGAACGGCGGCUGCCAGAUGGUGGCUCUAAACUUCCAGACACCCGGGGAGCAGAUGGACCUCAACCAGGGUCGAUUUCUCCCCAACGGUCGCUGCGGGUACGUCCUCAAACCCAGCUUCUUGUGCAGCACAGCUUCCAACUUUAACCCGGAGAACACGGGAGGAGGCCCCGGUCACAUCCCCACCCAGCUGACCAUACGAAUAAUAUCUGCACAGCAGCUGCCAAAGAUCAACACAGAGAAAGCGAGCUCCAUUGUGGACCCACAAGUGUGGGUGGAAAUCCACGGGGUGGCGAUUGAUAACGCAAGAAACAAAACCCAGCGUAUCGACAACAACGGCUUCAACCCGCAAUGGAACUGCACCCUGAGCUUCCAGCUGCAGGUCCCUGAACUGGCCCUGGUGCGCUUCGUGGUGGAGGACCACGAUCACGCGGCCAAGAACGACUUUGUGGGGCAGUUCACUUUACCGUUCACAAGCCUGCGCACAGGUUAUCGGCACGUUCACUUACUGAAGGCAGACGGGUCCAGUUUGUCCCCCGCCACGCUCUUCAUCCAUGUCAAAGUGAGCCGGAAAGGAGUUCCUAUUAAAACUGUAUCUGAGCGAAUGGCGGCCGCUAAAAGAAAGGCGUGACGAACCAAAUUGAAGGCUGAAUUUUUCUGACAGUGAAGGGCUUUGGAAGAAGAAAAGAAGCUCUAAAUUUGAGGAGAGAAGAACCACUGCUGCCAGCCGGUCUCUAAGUCCAGAUCUUAAGUGGUCCAGUUUACCCUCAGUGCAGGAAGAAUGAUGUUGCUUAGUGGAGAUGAAGGAGCAUCAGUGCUGUGUGACACUUUAAAACAAUUCAUUUUAAUGUUAUUAACUCUCUUAGAGCAAAGACGUAUUAUUUUAUCAUUUCAAUUUUUGGAUUUUGAGAACGAUUUUUAACAUUUUUACACUCAAGUAUUUGGUUUUUAACUUAAACAAGGGCACUUUCUUAAUCUCAUGAGUGCUUUAAGUAGGAGACCAAGCAGCUGUGAUUAAAAAAAAAAAAAGAAAUAUGGCUUUUUUUAAGCACUAACUGUGAUUUAAUACAGAUCUAAUUAUGUUCCAGUGACUGCCACAGGUUGUAUUGUCCGUUAACAAAUACCGAAAGGUUUAUUCAGCUAGUCUUACUUGAAACUCUGGAGAUUUUGGCACUUUUAUAUCACAACAGUUCAUCUUUUAAAUGAACUUGAACUAGAGACAGUAUUAUUGGCAGACUGACGUUUACUAAUGAUACUUAUGAUUAUUGUAUUUGCCUAAGCAUCAUCUCACUCAUGUUAAGACAUAAGGUGUUAAGUUAAAUCGUGUUUGAAGAUUUCUGCAUGCAGGCUGCUUUAAUCUCAUCUUUUAACAACCCUGUGCAAUUAUUUUUUUGUUGCCAACUCUGGUCCUUACGUUCAGACGGUUUAGCGCUUAUUGCAGCCGUCUAAUACAAGCACCAAUUACUGGAGGCUGCACUUUAAUCAUUUGAUGCUCAUACAGGUAAUAAAAUGCUUCUGUAAUGGAAGGUGACGCGCACAGACCGCUGUGAUUACAGUUUAUACGAUCAAGAUGGAUUUUCAGUAAAGCGAGACGUUGCAGUGUUAAAGCCUGUUUUGUGUGAAUGUGAUAAGAGAAAAAUGCUGUUUUUAUAAAGCACUAAUAACACAA